UGGCGCGUCGUGUCGCUCGUGCGUGAGAAGAAGGUCAUUGCGGCGUCAUGAAUACGGAUGGAGAGUCGUCUCAUAUCUCCUCCUCUGCCGCUGAGAGGUCAUCGCCGAGUCUGACGAAUGGCUUGUUGUGGGAAUCGCCAUCGUCUAGAUCAUUGCCGUCCUCCUCCUCCUCUUCCUCCUCCUCCUCCUCCACCUCAUCAUCAUCAUCAUCAUCGUCAACGACCUAUCAGCAAAGAGCCGCUGUAGUGGAAAUGAGAGGGAAUGCAGGAGGAGGUAGGGGGGGAGGAGGGCGAGGAGCAGGAGGAAGGGAAGGAGCAGGCAGGGGACAAGGAGUAGGAGCGGUAGUAAAACGUGGGGGAGGAGAUGGGAGAGGAGGAGUAGGAGAAAGUGGAGGAGGAGAGAGAAGAGAGAGGGAAGAGAGAGGAGAGAGAGGAGAGAGGGAAGAGAGAGCACAGAGAGGACAGAGAGGAGACGAGGGAAGAGGAAACAUAGAGGAGAGAGGAGGAGGAAGUAGAUUGAAGACCGAUCGGCAAUCUCCGAGGGAGCUCAGUGCUGACGUGGAAAGGCCACGUCAUCGUCGACGUUGGGGGUGUCAAUUUCACAAAUGGCAUGGCUGUGUGAUCAGCCUCAAGCAGAUCACGACCAUGUGGAAAGAUCUUAUCUUGAAGGCGAUAUUUUGGCGGGAAAUCGUUUGGCACGACAUAGGUUGGCGCCAUUUUCGUGUGCUCGUGUUGAUUGCCUGGCUGCUUGCGUGGGUAGCUACAGCAGCGAUUGCCAUUAGCUAUGUUCAUCAGGCAGAGGACAAAAAGAGGGUGGAGACAGUAAGGAGGAGGUGUUUUGAAGUCGCAAGCGGAAUUGGGCACAGGUUCCAGGUGGCUGUUGGGAGUGCAGAGACGUUUAGAGAGGUAAUCCAAAUACACAAAUGGAAGACCGACCACCUGUGGAUGAAUGUGGUCAGGUUCUUGAAUAUAUUGGAAGUGACAAAGUGGUCUAGACCUCAUGCUUCCAGAGUGCUAUACACCGAGAUCGUCUCAGACAACGAAAGGGAAGCAUAUGAGAUCUCCUCAGGCGUACCAAUACUGGAUUCAAAUCUUCAUCCCGCCAAGCCAAGGGAGACCUAUAUGCCCGUCGAUCUAUUCUCCCUAGAGAUGUAUUAUGCUCAAGGCCUCGAUAUGCUAACAGUGUCCAGCAUGUCUUCUUUCUUCUCUCUGGCAUCUUGGGGUGGUAGGGUUACAUCCCAGCCCUACUUUAUCGACUCCCAACGAUAUAACAGAGGUUUCUUGAUGGCUACCCCUGUUUUUGCCGCGGAUGUUAAUGACCGCACGAGCUCUGGAGAGUAUAAGCCCAAGGUCCGUGGUGUCUAUCUCAUGGAAUUCAACAUGUCCGGGUUCUUCAUGGAGUACUUAAGCGAUGCCGAUCCACGUGGCACUCUGACAGUUAGAGCGUACAACCUUACUCGCCUUCCGGGCAAUCAUACGUCCUCCGAGGGUCCAUCGAUGACCAACAACUCGACGGAUACCCAAUCUUCGACGGAUACCCAAUCUUCAAACUCAUCAAGGGAGCGGUUCAAUGUAUCUUCAUUUUGGCGGGAAGAUCUUCUUUUCGAGCCCCUCAGUGACACCUCUCGACCGGGAUCGGCCCCCGGUUAUGACGUCGCCAUAGCUGUAAAUGUCAGUUUCCUUCCUUUUAUGGAGUUGAGGUGCUAUCUCGGUAAUGCCGAGUAUCAUUUUCGUGUGUUGGUCUGGAGCCUCGUCAUCGUCUCCAGCGUCGUUAUUAUCAAUCUGCUGUUAGCUCUUUACCUUCAGGUCCACAAGCUGCGGGAUGCCAUAGCCAUUCUCAAGAGCCAACACAAAGAGCUGGUGCUGGUGGCAGACGGUCUUCAGAAGCAAAUGGAUGUCAGAGACGGCUUCCUGUCUGUGAUGGCCCACGAGCUUAUGACUCCCGUUCUCGGCCUUGUGGGCAUGCUCACUCUCUUAAGUGAUAUGCAAUUCGAAGAUGCGCAGAACGACAUAGUGUCAGAGGUGUUGUCGUCCGCCCAAACUCUUAUGAGGAUGAUGCGGAACAUUGUCGACUUCACAGAGAUCCAGGAGGGAAAGGUUGGAUUGACUCCCUCGGUGUUUGAUAUUCGGGAGUGCUUGGACGAAAUGUUGGAGAUGUUUGCCGAGGAGAUGCGGGACAGAGGUCUUGUUGAAGUAGGCGUGUUUGUUCACGAAGCGAUUCCACAACUCCUGGUUGGGGAUGUAGACCGACUUCGACAGGUUUUGGGAAUCUUGAUGAGCAAUGCAGUAAAAUACACAAAUCAAGGUCACGUGUUUGUCUGUGCACGUACGGAGAUAAAGGAUUUGGAUCGGAUGGGGAGUUCAGAGAAUGAAGACGAUUUUGAAGACGAAGCAACGGCGGAUGAUCCCAGCAGCAGCUCUGGAAAAGAGAAAUCACGAAGGCACAGGAAAUCGUCAGUUUUGAGAUCCAUCAGGCAGCGAGGUCGGGCGCAUUCCGCCCAAGAUGUCUUGGAGAUGGUUUCUCACAAAGAACUUGUGCGAGAAGCACGAAGAUACUCUGAAAGGGUUCCCCGAAGACAUUCGACGAUCGCUAAACUUGAACCAGCCGCCGCAGAAAAGGGGCCCGCGGAAAAUAAACCGCUUGGUGUUGUGAAAGAGGACGAUAACGAUUCCGAGGACGAUGGAGGAGGAGAAGGGACUUCAAUGACCUUGAGCAGAAAAAGAGUCCCCUUAAGCAUUAGCAGCUGGUGCAACAUAGAACCAUACGUCACGCCAGGGUCGCUUACCUAUGCAGCGAAACCUGGCUCAGCCAAGAGGGGUUUGAUGUGGGUUAUCAUCUCUGUAGAGGACACAGGAGUCGGGGUACCACCAGAGAGAUUGGAUGCUAUCUUCCGCCCGUUCAGCCAAGAGUGCCGUCCAUGGAAUUUGCGGCGCCACGCAGGGAUGGGAAUGAGUCUUUCGGUCUCACACUCUCUGGUUAAGGCAAUGGGUGGCGAUAUCAAUUGCGUGACCAUGCCAGGCAUGGGUUCCGUGCUGCAAAUGCGGCUUCCGUUCCGGGUCGCUGUGUCGAAGCGGUUCCAGUUGAGCAGACACAGUCAGGGAGGAAACGACGGGGAUCACGGGGUGGCGGCAGCCGGCGGCAUGGGAUCCCGAUAUAUGUUGAUGCCAACGGACAGGUCAAAUUUUUCAUUGGUAGGCGCCAAAGUGCCGAAUGCGCUCAUGUCUGAGGUUUCUGAAGGCCGCGAGCUUCUCUGCGGAAUGUGUGUGUGCUUGGUAGACGACAAUGUGGUGCGGAGAAAUGUCGUCCUCUACUUCUUGCGAAGACUUGGAGUGCGUUCCUUGCGUGUCAAAGACAUGGAGCAGGUUCCUGUCGCAUAUGAGCACGCUUUGGCGCGUGAAGCGGGGAACAAGAAUGCUCGGCCUGCACGGCCGUCUGCUGCCGCCGCCGCUUCAGCAUCCUGCCCCAAUACUCAACAAUCCACUUCGCUUUUGGAAGGAAUUUUCGUCGUUCUUGCCGACGGAGACUUCCUUCUGAGUAAGAAUGCUUACGUUAGGAACUGGCGGAAUUUCGUGUUGCUGCAGUUGAGGGUCAAGGUCGCGCUCCACGGUCGGCGAAUGGAAUCUGAGCACCUUCAGAUGGCAGCGAUGUGCUUGAACAAGGAGGUGCAGGGGAUGGCUCAGAAGUCCGGAUUCCAGAAUUCAAUCUUGAAACCGCUGACGACGAGGUCCUUGAUGUUGUUCCUCGUGCACAUUGUUUCGAAUGCAAAAGGCGAUCCCUUGGCAACCAUAAGAGAUGCUCUGAUGGAAACAGGGAGAGCAGUAACACCCAGAUCAGAGGGUGCCGGUACCUCAGCUGAACAGGGAGGCUUGCCGUCCGAGGGCGCGCAGCCUGUGGGAACCGCAAUGAGGGAGCGGCGGGCCUCAUUUGUUAGCGGAGUUAACAGUAGACGGUCUUCCUUUCUGGUGUCAGGCGUACCAAAACCAGGCAGCAAGGGUGGCAUUCGCCGGCUGUCGGUUCCUGACAGAAGUUGGCCCAUAGCUGAAGGGGACUCUGGCAGACGACCUUCCUACAUGGACGGGCCAAGUUUCAAACGACCCGGCUCAGGCAGACGAGCUUCCAGUAGCGAUGCAAGGAAAAGCUUCUUCACAGAGCUCAUACGAGGCGGUUCCUUGUUGUCUCCGGAUGCAAGCGUGGAAUCUAACUUGAAGGUGAUGAGGGGAAUGAGAGUACUCGUGGUGGAUGACAUGUAUACUGAUCGGAAGGUUGCCGUCAAAGUUAUGGAAAAGUAUGGCAUGUUGGCGGAGGCCGUUGACGCGGGUGCACUUGUGCUCAAGAGGCUGAGCCCUCCGCACGAUGUCGACUUUGUCGUGAUGGACCUCAAGAUGCCAGAGAUGGACGGUUUUGACACAGCAAAGGGGAUCCGUACGAUGGAGUCGGAUGCUCCAAAGACGUUGCAGAAACGUGUACCAAUAAUUGCAUUGACGGGGGACCUAGAAUCAGGAAAACGUUGUCUUGAGUGCGACAUGGACGGGUACAUUACAAAGCCAAUUGACACAGAAAAAAUAAUGCAAAUAUUUCAAUUUGUGAUAUCGAGUCUACUGACCAGGACGCAUGUUAAUCGAUCAUGAUAUUCGGUGUUUCCACUAACCCAUUAUUACGUUCUUUUAAUCUCGGCAGCAAAAUUCCCUACCUCCCCCAUUCCCCCCCCCCCCCCCCCCCCCGCCGAGCACCCUCCCCCCCUUCCCCCCUUGCCAGUCCUCCCUCUUCCCCCUUGAAAGGGUCCUUUCAAUGGCUUUCAUGUCUUUCUUCAUGCCUCCCCCCCCCCCCGCAAAGAGUAUGUUGGAAGUUUUUCCUCAUUGAUAUAUAUCAAAUUGACAAAUUGUCAAUUAAUAUUUAUUAUUUUUAUAUAUUAAUGGUAUGAUAAAUGUGUUAAGGAUUU